AGGCCCUGCAGCCAUAAAAACCCUACUUUCAAAUUAAAGAUCAGUUAAGAAAGAAGAGAGUGAUCAAUUAGCAUAGCAUAUAUAUCAUAUUACAAAAGGGAAAUGGGAAGGAGCCCUUGUUGUGAUGAAAGUGGCCUUAAGAAAGGCCCUUGGACUCCUGAAGAAGACCAGAAGCUCAUCAAACAUAUCCAAAAUCAUGGCCAUGGCAGCUGGAGAGCCCUCCCCAAACUCGCGGGGCUAAAUAGAUGUGGAAAGAGUUGCAGAUUGAGAUGGACAAACUACUUGAGGCCAGAUAUUAAGAGAGGAAAAUUUUCUCAAGAAGAAGAGCAAACUAUUCUCAAUCUCCACUCUGUCCUUGGAAACAAGUGGUCAGCAAUUGCAAGUCAUUUACCGGGACGAACAGACAAUGAAAUCAAGAAUUUUUGGAAUACUCAUUUAAAGAAAAAGCUAAUUCAAAUGGGUUUUGAUCCAAUGACUCAUCGUCCUCGAACCGACAUAUUUUCAAGUUUGCCACACAUCAUAGCAUUGGCCAGUCUUAAAGAGCUAAUGGAGAAUCCUUCAUGGGAAGAACAAGCUUUGAGAUUACAAGCUGAAGCUCUUCAAAUGGCCAAGUGUCAAUACCUUCAAUACCUCCUCCAACCACCUUCAUUAAUUAGUAACAAUAAUAAUCCUACUGAAAUUGAUAUUAUGAAUUUGAUUAACUCUCUUUCUUCUCCUCUCUUUGAAAACCAAAUCAGUAUCACCCAGAAUAAUAACAAUAUUAAUCCUCCUCUCCAACCACUCGGUACUGACUCAGUGAGUCUUCUAUUUUCCCAUUUGCCAAGCUUGGAAGUAGUUCCAAGUAACAAUACAAAUACAUAUGAAACGAUGCCGUUCAUUGCUAAGGAAAUGUGCUCCCAAAAUAAUGAAGUUUGUGAUGCUAAUAAUAAUUCUCCAUGGCAACUGCCUUUUUCUUCAACCGCCCCCUCGCCUCCGUCGGUGGCACCGCGGAUGAAUAUUAUUAACGAGGGACCUUCUUCAAACAGUAAUUAUGGAGAUGCAUGUAGCAGUUCAAGCCUUGGCGGAUCCUCUUCUUCCAUUUGGCCGGACCACCUCCUCCUUGAAGAUGCUUUGUUUCAUGAUAUUCCUUCGCUUUAAAAUCUUAAAAUAAAAAAAUACAUAUUAUAUUUAAUGCUUUUUUUUUCUUUUUUGGUAAGUAUCUUGGUGCGUAUAUUUUAUAUUACACAACACCUGAGGAUUUAAUUUACAUGCAUAUAUACAUACAUCUAUACGCUGCUUGUGUGUUCGUAUUAUGUAAAAUUUUGUUUCUUCUCUGUGGAAAAAGAAAUUUCAGUUCAUCAAAUUGCUGAUUGGAAUUGAGCUGAUCCAUGUUUCUCUCAUUAAGGGGAAAGAAAACGUAUUGUGUUUUUGUUA